UAAAGACCUGCUCUAUUUAGAACUUGGCACCAGUAUUCAGAAAUCAGUCUGGGAUCUUAUGGGUUAAUAUAGUUAAUCUGUGCGGCAGGUGUGUUUGAGCGAACACUCCCUUUAGUUCACAGCCGUUCACUUGAAGAGGGAGCUGCGAAUAAGGAGCUAACUUCAAAAUCAUACAAAAAGAGAAAGGGAAAAGUCAAAGCAUUAAAGUUCCAGGUCUUAAAGUGAAGAAAUGGCAGAAUCUUCAAAAUCUCCAUCACACCAGCCAAUCAGGAAAAGAGAGAGUAUAGAAGAACCACUGACGUUUGGUUGUGAGUCCAGCAGUCCUCUGUCUGAAGAUCAGUUCCAGUGUUCUAUCUGUCUGGACGUGUUCACUGAUCCAGUUUCUACUCCAUGUGGACACAACUUCUGUAAAUCCUGCCUCACUCAGCACUGGAACAGCACUCAGCACUGUCACUGUCCUUUAUGUAAAGAGAAAUUCACCAAGAGACCUGAACUGAAGAUCAAUACAACACUGAUAGAGUUGGUGGAGCACUUUAAAAAGAAAUGUGUUCUAGAUAAAACUGAGGUUCUCUGUGGCGUCUGCACUGGAGAGAAGCUAAAGGCCUUCAAGUCCUGUCUGAAUUGUGCAGCAACGUUCUGUAAGACUCAUCUGGAUCCUCAUUGUACUGUUUCACUAUAUAAGGAACAUAAACUAAUCGAUCCAGUGGAGAACCUGGAGGAUUACAUCUGCCAGAAGCAUGAAAGACCCCUGGAACUGUUCUGUAGAGAUGAUCAGACGUGUGUGUGUCAGUUCUGCACUGAGGGAGAUCAUAAAAAUCACAACACUGUUCCUAUAGAUCAGACACAGCUGGAAAAGAUGCACACAGAGAUGCAGCCAAUGAUCCAAGACAGAAUUAAGAAAAUUGAAGAGAUUAAACGAUCACUGGAGCUCAGAAAAAGAAACACAGAGAAGGAGAUUUCAGACAGUGUUGAAGUCUUCACUGCUCUGAUGCGCUCCAUUGAGAGAAGCCAGGCUGAGCUGCUUGAGGUGAUGGAGGAGAAGCAGAAAGCAGCAGAGAGGCAGGCUGAAGAGUUCAUUAAGGAUCUGGAGCAGGAAAUCACUGAGCUAAAGAGGAGAGACACUGAGCUGGAGCAGCUCUCACACACUGAGGAUCACCUCCACCUCCUACAGAUUUAUCUCUCCAUGAGUCGCCGACCACUGAUCAACAACUGGACUGAUAUCAGUAUAGACCCUCCUUUGAGAUUAGAGCCACUGAGGAACGCUCUGUCUCAACUUCAGAAGAGCCUGAACGAGAAAAAGACAGAGACCGAACUGAAGAGGAUGAGGCAGUAUGCAGUGGAUGUGACUCUGGAUCCUGAUACAGCAUCUCCUUAUCUGAUCCUGUCAGAAGAGGGAAAACAAGUGAGAUUUGGAGACACGAAACAGAAUCUUCCUGACAACCCAGAGAGAAUUAAUCCAGCUUCUUGUGUUCUGGGAAAGGAGGGAUUCUCCUCAGGGAGAUUUUACUAUGAGGUGCAGGUGAACAGGAAGACUGACUGGGAUUUAGGAGUGGCCAGAGAGUCCAUAAACAGGAAGGGCAUGAUUAAACUGAGCCCACAGAAUGGAUUCUGGACUGUGUGGCUGAGGAAUGGGAAUGAGUAUGAGGCUUGUGCUGGACCUGGGGUCCCUCUCUCUCUGAGAGAGAAUCUCCAGAAGGUGGGGGUGUUUGUGGAUUAUGAGGAGGGUCUGGUCUCCUUUUAUGAUGUGGAGGCCAGGUCUCAUAUCUACUCUUUCACUGGUCAGUCUUUCACUGAGAAACUCUAUCCAUACUUCAGCCCAGGUCCACAUUUCAGAGGUAAAGAUGCAGUUCCACUGACCAUUUUACCUGUUAUUAAAACUGAAUGAAUUCACAGCUCACCUUAUUUACUGUUCUGUAAAAAUGUCAAAAACUCUCACAUAUUCAAUGAAACACAUUCACUGUACUUUUGUUCAGAAUCACAAUUUUAGUAUAUGAAUAAAACACUGAAAACACAGUAAAAAGCUUUAUAUAGUAACAGUAUGAUUAAUUACAGUCAAAGGGCUGAAGUUUUGAAUUAAUACGGUAUCUGUACUGAAAACUGUAAAAAUUACUUUACACCCCUGAUGUAGACCUUAUGCUCCCACCAGAGGGAGACAGAUAACAGUCUCCCAAUCACAAUCAGGGCAAUUUAACACAACUGGUGAAGAUAUAUAUUUUUCUUUUUUUUUUUGCAUUCAAUAUAAGCUACUUAUAUAAACUAUUUAUUUUUUGAUAUAUAUAUAUAUUUUUGAUAAUUUCAUCUGAUAGCUGAUUAGUGAAACUGUUAGGGCUCAGCCAGUUCCCGCAGCGGCCACCAGAGGCCGCCAUUAACCCACCAAGGUGGUAAGAAGGGAACCGGCUGAGAGUUUAUUAGCAUAGAGAUCAUUAAGGCCACCUGAAGCCAAUAACGUGUCAUCAGCCUCAGCUGUGGUACCUUCUUUAAAAAGGCGAACUUCAAGCAGACUGAUGUCGCAGACUUCAUGCC